CUUCAGGGAGUCAGGGAUCAGUGUGCAGCUGAGAGCCAGCAGGAGGUAAGCCAGAGCAGAGCGCACAGAGCGAUGGGGCGAGAGAGCCUGGCCCUGGGCUGUGUCCUGGCUGCCAUCUUGGCUUUGCAAAUGGUGACCACAGAGCACCCGCCACAGACACUGCCCAGCAGGGCCCAGCUCUUUGCGGACCUGAGUGCCCAGGAGGUAAAGGCAGUGCACAGCUUCCUCCAGUCCCACCGGGAGCUGCGACUGCAGCCCUCAAAGACAGCCACCAUGGCCAAGAACUCAGUGUUUCUCAUUGAGAUGUUGCUGCCCAAGAAGAAGCAUGUGCUGAGAUAUCUGGACACAGGAAGGAGGCCUCCUGUGCGGGAAGCCCGGGCCAUCAUCUUCUUUGGGGCCCAGGAGAACCCCAACAUCACCGAGUUUGCUGUGGGGCCCCUGCCACAGCCCUCCUACAUGCGAACGCUGAAGCACCAGCUCUCCUGGGCUUCCAGGCCCAUGACCUCAGUGGAAUACACCUUCCUCUUCAACACCCUGAAAGAGACCACCAAGCCCCUGCAUCAGUUUUUCCUGGACACCACGGGCUUCUCAUUUCAAGACUGUGGCAACCGGUGCCUGACCUUCACCGACGUGAGCCCUAGGGGGUUGGCCUCUGGCCAGCGCCGCAGCUGGAUUAUUGUACAGCGCCGUGUAGAAGGCCAUUUCUUGCACCCCACUGGGCUGGAGCUCCUGGUGGACCACGGAAGCAUGGAUGUCCAGUGCUGGACAGUGGAGCAGGUCUGGUACAAUGGGAAGUUCUACCGGAGCCCGGAAGAGCUGGCUCGGAAGUAUGCAGAUGGAGAGGUGGACGCUGUGACCCUCGAGGGACCACUGCCCAAGGGCCAGGGAACAGAGAGCCCAGAGGAUCCGCCCUUGUUUUCCUCCUACAAGCCCCGUGGGGACUUCUCCACGCCCAGCCACAUAGCUGGCCCCCGCCUUGUCCAGCCCCAUGGCCCUCGCUACAGGCUGGAGGGAAACUCCGUGCUCUACGGGGGCUGGAGCUUCGCCUUCCGUCUGCGCUCCUCCUCUGGGCUGCAGGUCCUGAACGUGCACUUUCAGGGUGAGCGCAUCGCUUAUGAGGUCAGCGUGCAAGAAGCUGUGGCACUGUACGGAGGACACACGCCUGCGGGCAUGCAGACCAAGUACCUCGAUGUGGGCUGGGGCUUGGGCAGUGUCUCUCAUGAGUUAGCUCCUGGCAUUGACUGCCCAGAGACGGCCACCUUCCUAGACACCUUCCACUACUACGACGCUGAUGACCCUGUCCUCUACCUCCGAGCCCUCUGCCUCUUCGAGAUGCCCACUGGUGUGCCCCUUCGGCGGCACUUUGACCCCAACUUUAGCGGUGGCUUCAACUUCUAUGCAGGGCUGAAGGGUCACGUGCUAGUGCUACGGACAACCUCGACUGUCUACAAUUACGAUUACAUUUGGGACUUCAUCUUCCAUCCAAACGGGGUGAUGGAAGCCAAGAUGCAUGCCACAGGCUACGUCCACGCCACCUUCUAUACCCCCGAGGGGCAGCGCUACGGCACCCGCCUGCAGACCCAUCUGCUCGGGAACAUGCACACCCACCUGGUGCAUUACCGAGUUGACAUGGAUGUGGCAGGCACCAAAAACAGCUUCCAGACACUUCAGAUGAAGUUAGAAAACAUCACCAACCCCUGGAGCCCAAGACAUCACCUGGUCCAGCCAACUCUCAAGCAGACUCGGUACUCCCAGGAGCACCAGGCAGCCUUCCGCUUCGGGCAGCCUCUGCCCAAGUACUUGCUCUUCACCAGCCGUGAGAAGAAUCCCUGGGGCCACGAGCGCAGCUACCGCCUGCAGAUCCACUCCAUGGCUGAGCAAGUGCUGCCCGUGGGCUUGCCAGAGGAGCAGGCUGUCACCUGGGCCAGGUACCCCUUGGCAGUGACCAAGUACCGGGAGUCAGAGCUGUGCAGCAGCAGCAUCUACAACCAGAACGACCCCUGGGACCCCCCUGUGGUCUUCCAGAAGUUUCUUCGAAACAAUGAGGGCAUUGAGAACGAGGACUUGGUGGCCUGGGUGACAGUGGGCUUCUUGCACAUCCCCCACUCAGAGGACAUCCCCAACACAUCCACGCCUGGAAACUCCGUGGGCUUCUUGCUCCGGCCCUUCAACUUCUUCACAGAGGACCCAUCCCUGGCGUCCAGAGACACUGUGAUUGUGUGGCCCCGGGACAAGGGUCCCAACUACAUCCAGCACUGGAUCCCCAAGGACACGGACUGCUUGAGGCCUCCGCCUUUCAGCUACAAUGGCACCUACAGGCCAGUGUGAGGAGCCCGGCCCCAGCUCCUGCCUGAUGCCCAGGAGCCCCAGAGGGCAGGCAAUAAACCGUCAGC